UUCACUGGCAGCUAGACGCUCAUUAGCUGUUCAUAGAGACAACGGAAAGUUGCGUAUUGUGUCAGUUGAAGUAGCGUUGCAGUUAUCCGCUCAAAAUGAAAGCGCUCACGUGCGGUUUGGUGAUUUUUCUUAGCGUUUCGGUGGUGCUGAUUUAUGGCGAUAGUCGCCAGUGGGGUCGCCGAGUGUCUGGAGAUCGUCUGCUCGAUUAUGCCGUGGUCGUGAACAACUCGCUGCCAGUGCCGGAGAAGAGCAGCAUCUAUCGCUAUCUUCCUGCUGCGGGAGCGUACCGGCCACCGAACAUUACGGCUAUCUUCACCCGUGAUAACGUGCCGGGCGGCAAAGGUGGCUUUGCGGGAAUCGUGUCCGGUGGAGUGAACCAAUCGAAUGUGACGCUGAAACUUACCUCCAAACCGUACCAGCGCUUUAACUUUACGAUCGAGAUUUACGGAAAGUAACGCUGUAAGAGAAUAAAAGGCACGAAACUGAUUUUCAGCCUCUCCACGCGUGAAGCAGUGUUUAGAGUUAGUGUGAUAGUGGAAACAAAAUUUUAGAGUUAUUUUUUUGUAUUUCUAUCAAUUCAAACUGAAGUACGAGGUUUCAUACAUCGAAUGACAAUUUAUUGAACUCCGCAUUGGAUAAAUAUAAUUUCCCGUGAAAUUACACUCUUUUAUGUUUUUUAUUAUAACUUCCCCAUUUUUCCACGAUCAUUUACGUGGAAUUAUCGUAAAAUUACUAGGGACAGUAAAAACAAAGAUUAUGUUUAUACGAAAUAAUAUUUGUCCGUUAGGGAAUACAAUAAUUUUGCGUUUUGUGCAUAAAACAUAAUAUUUUAAAGAAAUAGGAGAAAAUUAUAGAGCGGAAGCAAUAAUUUUCACGCUACCUAUUUGCUCACGUUAAGAGCCUUAAGGUGUAAAAAUAGGUAGUGUGAAAAGAAAUUUAACAUUGUUUGUCGUUGUUUUUCAUAAACAUUCUGCAAUAUUAUGUUUUAUGCACAAAACGCAAAAUUAUUGUAUUCCCUAACGGACAAAUAUUAUUUCGUAUAAACAUAAUCUUUGUUUUUACUGUCCCUAGUAAUUUAACGAUAAUUUCACGUAAAUGAUCGUGGAAAAAUGGGGAAGUUAUAAUAUAAAAACAUAAAAGAGUGUAAUUUUACGGGAAAUUAUGUUUAUCCAAUGCGGAGUUCAAUAAACUUUCAUUCGAUGCAUAAAACAUACUUCAAUCGAAUGUAAACCUUGAAUACAAUAAAAAGUUUAAAUGUUCUUUUCCACUUUUCCAACUCGAA